AUGAACAUCUCUCUUCCUUGUGGAGAGCAUCCAAAUAUCUGGACAAACUGCUUUGGGAAUGACAUUCAGGAGGUACCCAUAUGCUGUCUGCCGCCCCUGCCAAAAAACGGGCCACGGGGGAAAGAAAAAAAGCACACACCAGGCGCCGCAGCGGGUGAACUUGUCAACAAGUCGACCCUGGACGCGAGUCCCUGCCCACCAGGGAGCUCGGGGUCCUGGGGCCGGAGCCGCCGGGAAGGCGAGGCGCGGGUGGGGUGGGUGGGUGGGGUGGGCUGGCGUGGGUGCCGGUGCUCCCAGCGCUGGGGCCGGAGCGCGGAACGCUUCCCUCCCGCUCCCCCGGGGCUGACGCACGCUCUCAUGGCGCGCGCAUCCUCCAGACCUUCCCAGGCCGGAGGGAGGAGGGGAGAGGAAGGGACUGAUGCGGUUCCCGCACCGGGAUCCGGGACCCGAGGAGGCGACCCGCCUAUCACGCGCCGCCCGCGGAGGGCAGAGAAGGCAGCUCCUACCAGGCGUCCCCGACCGUCCCGGCUGCCGGGCGUCUCCUACUGCCUCCUGCAGCCCGCCCGGCGCGCCCCCGCCCCGACCCCGGAGGGCAGGUACCUCGGAGCCCCGGCCCCCAGGAGCCUCCCGGCCGCGGUCGGAGCGUCCCUGCGGAUCACUCAUCCGACGUCAGCGUCAGCCGAAGGCGAGGGAAAGGGGCGGGGGAGCGCAGGAACCGGCCCUUCCUGCGGCGGCCGCCACCAGCCGGAAUGGAGCCCGUGCGCGCCGCAGCGCAGCGCAGCGGCCGGGGGGUGCGGGCGCCCUUGCCGCCCGGAUACCUACCGCUGCUUGGGCGCCCCCACUGCCUCCCUUCCCCGCUUCUCCCCUCCCGCAGACGCCGGCCGGGGCGACCCCUCCCAGGGUGACCAGGGGGAGGGUCUCUCCUCGACCCCCAUCUCCUGGGGUAUCCCCCGCUCGGAUCCGCCGCCCAGAGUGACCCCGCCCCUGCUCUCCGGCAGGUGUUCCACGUGGCCAUAGCGUUUGCGUCACAAUGACCUGGUGGACAGGUGGGAGCCACAGCAUACACCCCAGGGUUCCCUCCGUGCCGUGCGUAGUGCCUGCUGCUUGCUUCCAGGUUAAAUUUCUGUAGCUUUAGAGGACGGGAGACUUCAUGACUUCAAUGCCAAGAAAAGUUACAGAGGCCUGCUGUACCUGGAAAUCAAGUUUGAGCUUCAAGAAUAAAGGCCAUGUUUUAAAAACA